AUGAGCCAUCUUCUCUCACCAACUGAAACUGAUGCAUCUUAUACUUCCGAUCUAGUUGUUGCGGUGCCAAAUUUAAAUAAGCACGACCAGAAUGAAACCUGUAUCUUGAAUUGCAGUCAAUGCUCAACUGAAAUCAAGCUACGUUCAGAAACGUUUUUGAUUGAGAUGAAAGCAUUGAAAGAAGAACUCGACCUGUCGAGAUCGUUUAUGGCAGCAUACGACCAGUUUUAUAAACCGACAGCGAUGAAUGAAGAAAUGCAGUCUAUCAGAAAACAACUUGUGAAUAUGUCAACUAUUCACUAUCAAUCUCUUGAAAGAGUUCGUUCAAAUGCAGAAAAAAUGAAGAUUCAAUCUAGAAAUGCGUUUGACAGUAUCCUGGCGGCUGAAACAAAUCAACACAGACUGGAAAAAGAAGGUUUGUAUGGCCGAAUUGGUAUCACCAACUCUUAUAUCAACUGCCUCUAUUUCGACCGACGCCAACUAAUAAAUCAGAACCAAAAGAUUACAAUGAAAGCAUGCACCGCCCAAAAUAAGUUAUCUAUCGAGGAAAAGAAGGUUGAUGAAUUGAAACACCAGUUAGUUGAACAAAAAAAUCUCGGGCGUUCGACUCAAGAAGAACUCAAUGAAGAAAGACGCAAGAACAUCGAGCUAGAAAAGAAAAUAUACAAAUUGGAAAUAGAGAAGGAAAGAUUCGUGGACACCAUUAAGCGGGAAAGAGAAAAGAGCCAAAUCGAGAAAGCCAAAAGUGCUAAGAAGGAUGAAGCAUUACGAUCAAAGGAUGCUCAAAUAGCGUCGAUGAAAGAAUCAAUAAUUGAGAAAGAAAAACAAUUUGAAGAAGUCAAGCUCGAAGUGAAGAAGAAACUAGAGAAACAGAGGAAAAAAGUUACUGCAUACAGCAUUUUUUCCGGAAUAAUGAUUAUUAUCUCUUUGGCGUCGUUUUUGCUUCAUGUUCUUCCCUCCACUUCGUGUAAACCCGAGAGCCCACCUUCUCCUCCUGACUUUAUCAAUUUAUCUGAAUCACCCAUUUUUAGCAUAAAUGAAAUGUGA